AUGGUUCACCAAUCCACCCAGUCCAACGAGACCAGCUCUCUUCCUCGCCUCGUGCGAACUACCCACUCUGAAGAUGGCACCUCUGUCUUCGCCUCUGACACCCGCCUCGCGCCUUUCAUGCCUUUUGGCCCCCGAGCCAGCGCAUUCACCGUCUUCGACGUCCGCCAAUCUGUGCCAGUAAACAACACGGAUACCAUCCCCGGCUUCUCCAACACGAUCCCACGGUGCCCUCCCCAGGGUGCUAUCUUCUGCAUCACGCAGUUCCAGCCGGGUGGUGCCUCCCCAAUGCAUCGUACGCAGAGCAUCGAUUACUGUGUCGUCCUUACUGGGGAAAUUGUCCUGGCUCUCGACGGCGGCGAUGAGAAGACUGUCAAGGCCGGGGAGUUUAUUGUUCAACAGGGUGUAAACCAUCAGUGGUUCAACCGCACGACGGCGCCGUGCCAGAUCCUGUGCGUCCUUGUCGGAGCCGAAAAGGUCGUGCUGAAGAAUGGAACAGUGCUGGAGGAGACUGUGAUCAAGAAGUGA